AAUUUUGGUCCUCAUGUUUACACACAAUCCUCACCCACCUAGCAAGUAUUAUUCAUUACCACCGAGUACCAACCCAACCAAAAAACCAUUGUGGUCAAAACAAUACAAAGAACCACAUGAAAGCGGCUCCACCCAGAAACCAUCGAAGCUCAAACCUAAUUCUGAGCACCUUUCUGAAUAGGAAAAAGGAUGGAUAAUUUCUAAACAGAGAAAAAGAAGAUCUUGCAGUGUUUUCAAAUGGAGGAUUUCAGAUCUAAGUCUUAUGGUGAUGGAAGGAUGCAAAUGGAGAGCUAUAACUACAAUGGACCCAACUCAAACCCUACCAGGUUACAAAAUCAUAGGAGUUACAGUGCUUCAUAUGCAUCAUCUUAUGCACAACCAAGCACUACCAAGAUGGACAUGAUUAAAGAGGUGAAGUUCAAGAAGGGCAAGCCUGCAAAUGGGUCAACUUCGAAGAGUUGGAGCUUCAAUGAUCCAGAGUUGCAGAGGAAGAAAAGGGUUGCUGGCUAUAAGGUCUACACUGUUGAAGGGAAGGUCAAGGGGUCUAUAAGGAAGAGCUUUAGGUGGCUCAAGGAGAGGUACACCCAGGUGGUCUAUGGUUGGAGGUGAUUGUGGUUUGGUAUUUUUUUUAUCAUUGCCACCUUGUUCUUGUUGUUAACCUUCUUGUCUUGUUCUUGGUUGUGUAUGUUAUGUACUGUAUAUUCAUCUUAAAUUGACAUUAAUAUUCGGAUUAAUCUGGGUUCCGUAAAUUGGUCGUAUAAAUUAUUGACUGUUGAUGAAUUGCUUUGCUCUGAAUUUAAUCAGAGAUAUUUAUUUUGAUUCUACCUAAGCUUUUGUUUUUUGGUUUUGGGAUUUUUGCAUUUGAUUUGCUUAAAAAUAUGUAGUAUUUGAAGAUUUACUUGAAU